CGACCGCCCCGCGCUGCCCGACCCAGCGAUGAAAAAAUAAAAAACAGAUAAAAAAAAUAAAGGCGUGUACCAAAUUUCAAAAACUUGCGUAAAAAAAACAUGGCGUGCAUCCCCUAACGUAUUGUAACAAAACAUUUUCUCCAUAAACAUGAAACGUCCUCAAUACGAAGGAACUUAAUUAUUAUAAUAGUGUUGUAGCAUAAUUGUGUAUUGUGAAUGUGAAGUGUUGUGUACAUAAUUGAUUUUAUUAAGCCUACUCAUUAUACCUUUAGGGACCAAAAUUCCUCAAGAGAAAAAAAUCCGAUCAACGUAUACAAUAAACCAAACGUCUACCUACAUUUUUUUAGUCCUGUCUCAAUUUACCUGUACAGUAUAGUUAGCUUUUAAAUUUCUACUCCCUAAUGUUUCAAUGGUAUGUAAAUAAAGUGUAAAAAUAGUGUAAAAAAAGUGAGAAAUGAGAAUUGACUCGGUUUUGGUGCUAAAAAGUGAUAGCGCAUGGAAUUGAAUGCCGUAGAUUCGUGUCUUCGGCUAAGCAGAGAUAUUACAACCAGAUCAAGAUGAGCACAGAAAUACCCGAGCCGACCCCCGCCCUCCCUCCAGCCACCGCUGACACCACCACCGAAGCUCCCACCGGGGCUGCCCCCAACGAUGGCACGGGCCCUCUCAUCCCGGUACCCGCAGCCCCGAAAAAGCCACCCCGGCGGGGCCCAAAAGUGCAGCAGGAGAGACCGAAACGAGCCAUCUUUUGUUUAACCAUGAAGAACCCAUUAAGAAAGAUCUGCAUUAACAUUGUGGAGUGGAAACCGUUCGAGUGGAUGAUCCUUACAACAAUAUUCGCGAACUGCGUGGCCCUAGCCGUAUACACGCCUUUCCCUUACAGCGAUUCAAACUACACCAACUGGGUUCUUGAGAAGAUUGAGUACAUCUUCCUAGUGAUCUUCACUGGCGAAUGCGUGAUGAAGAUCAUCGCAUACGGAUUCGCGAUGCACGCAGGCUCCUACCUGCGCAACGGCUGGAAUCUACUCGAUUUUACAAUAGUUGUUAUAGGUAUGGUGAGCACAGUACUGUCGAGCAUAUUCAAAGACGCGUUCGAUGUGAAGGCCCUGCGAGCGUUUAGGGUGCUCCGGCCGUUGAGACUCGUAUCUGGGGUGCCAAGUCUACAAAUCGUGCUAAACUCCAUCCUAAAGGCCAUGAUUCCACUACUCCACAUCGCGUUGCUGGUCAUUUUCGUCAUCAUCAUCUACGCUAUCAUCGGACUGGAACUCUUCUCCGGAAAGAUGCAUAAGACUUGUUAUAAUAUGCGUACAGGCGAAAUGAUGGACACUCCACAUCCGUGCGACGACAACGGUUUCAACUGCUCAACUCUCUCAAAUGACACGAAAUGGGAAUGCAGGAAUGACUGGGACGGUCCCAACUUCGGCAUUACCAAUUUUGAUAAUUUUGGUCUCUCCAUGCUGACAGUCUUCCAAUGCAUCACUUUGGAGGGGUGGACUGAUGUUAUGUAUAAUAUUCAAGAUGCAAUGGGCAAUAGCUGGGAAUGGAUAUACUUCGUAUCUAUGGUGAUUUUGGGUGCAUUUUUCGUUAUGAACCUGAUUCUCGGUGUGUUAUCCGGAGAGUUCUCCAAAGAAAGAGAAAAAGCGAAAAAUCGAGGUGACUUCCAGAAGUUAAGAGAAAAACAACAGCUAGAAGAAGAUCUAAAAGGAUACCUCGACUGGAUAACUCAGGCAGAGUACUUGGAGCCCUUGGCGGAUCAAAUAGAUGCUAACGACCAGAAAAGAGAUUAUAUGAUAGGUCAAACUCCAAUAGAGCACGAUUCGACGGACCAUUUAGGAAUAGAAAGCAACGAGCAGCAAAAGAUAUCCGCCUUCAAAUCUUGGAAAAGAGAUUUUGAUAAAGUAAACCGUCGGAUGAAGCGGGCAUGCAGACGAGCGGUGAAGUCGCAGACGUUCUACUGGCUCAUCAUCGUCCUCGUGUUCCUCAACACAGUCGUGCUAGCCAGCGAACAUCACAGGCAACCCAGAUGGUUAGAUAGUUUUCAAGAAUACGGAAACGCGUUUUUCGUCGCGUUAUUUACAUUAGAAAUGUUAGUUAAAAUGUACAGUUUAGGUCUACAAGGUUACUUCGUGUCUCUGUUCAACCGUUUCGACUGCUUCGUGGUGAUAGGAUCGAUCAGCGAAAUGGUGCUGACCAAGACUGGUGUGAUGCCGCCCUUAGGCAUCUCGGUGUUGCGUUGCGUCAGGCUUCUUAGAGUGUUCAAAGUUACCAAGUACUGGCGGUCCCUAUCAAACCUCGUAGCGUCUCUCCUCAACUCCAUUCAAUCGAUCGCCUCCCUGCUGUUGCUGUUGUUCCUUUUCAUCAUGAUCUUCGCGCUGCUAGGCAUGCAGGUCUUCGGAGGGAAGUUCAACUACGACCCUGUUGAGGACAAGGAUCGGCACAACUUUGAUUGCUUUUGGCAGGCGUUAUUGACUGUCUUCCAGAUUCUGACUGGCGAGGAUUGGAAUGCUGUGAUGUAUGAGGGCAUCAAAGCUUACGGGGGCGUCGGUUCCGUCGGCAUCAUUGCCUGUGUCUAUUUCAUCAUUCUUUUUAUUUGCGGCAACUACAUCUUGCUGAACGUCUUCUUGGCUAUCGCUGUAGACAACUUGGCGGACGCAGAAUCUUUGACAAACAUCGAAAAGGAAGAAGGGGGCGGUGAAGAGAAAGAAGCGGGCAGUGUGGUAGAACAAGAAGGUGUGCAUGCGGACACUGAUGACGAAUACAUACACGAUGACGAUGCCUACACUACUGAUAAUUCUGAAAGGGAAUAUGAAGAAACUGGGUCGGAAGGCGAACAUAACGAGGAAAUAGAGGGUGAAGAAUUGGGUGAAGGCGGUGAUGAGGACGGCGGUGAGAGAAUUGAAGAAGAACAGGAUAGAGAAGAGGAUAGAGAUAUGAUGGAGACUCAUCAAAGGAAUCAUAUUGAUGGCGGCCAAUCAGAAGAGGAGGGAACGCUAGUAACCGCCAGACCACGGCGAGUUUCAGAACUGAAUAUGCCAAAUCAGACGCCGCCCAUUCCAAACGCUAGUAGUUUCUUCAUUUUCUCACCGACAAACAGGUUUCGUGUGUUCUGCUACAAGGUGUCAGCAUCGUCGACCUUUGGUAACAUCAUUCUGGUCUGCAUCAUGUUGUCUUCAGCCAUGUUGGCGGCUGAGGACCCUCUAGAUGCUGCGCAGAAAGGAUCUAGAAAUUGGUUGCUCAGCCAAUUCGACGUGUUCUUCACGGCGAUCUUCACACUGGAGCUGUUCCUCAAGCUGGUGACGUAUGGCCUGAUCUUUCACGAGGGUGCCUUCCUCCGCUCUGCCUUCAACGUGCUCGAUAUGCUCGUCGUCUGCGUGUCGCUCGUUUCUAUAGGUUUUAAGCUGAUUGGUAUGAGUUCCGGUAGUAUAUCGGUGGUGAAGAUUUUGAGAGUGUUCAGGGUGCUGAGGCCUCUAAGAGCCAUUAACAGGGCCAAAGGCCUGAAGCACGUUGUACAAUGCGUGAUCGUUGCAAUAAAAACGAUCGGCAACAUUUUGUUGGUCACAUCAUUACUACAGUUUAUGUUCGCGGUCAUGGGCGUUCAAAUGUUCAAGGGUAAAUUUUAUAAAUGUACAGAUGUUUCGAAAAUGACGCUGGAAGACUGUCAGGGAACGUACUUGUCAUUUGAAAACGACAAGUACGUGGUGAAAGAGCGCCAUUGGGAGCGGAACAGCUUUCAUUUCGAUGAUGUCAUGAAAGGAAUGCUCACCCUCUUCACCGUUUCCACGUUUGAGGGGUGGCCCAAUCUGUUGUACGUGUCCAUAGACUCGAACGCGGAGGAUCGCGGUCCCAUUACUAACUUCCGUCCAAUUGUUGCAGCCUACUAUAUUAUUUAUAUUAUCAUUAUUGCCUUCUUUAUGGUAAAUAUAUUCGUCGGUUUCGUCAUAGUGACAUUCCAAAACGAAGGAGAGCAGGAGUACAAGAAUUGUGAACUGGACAAGAACCAGAGAAACUGUAUCGAGUUUGCUCUGAAAGCUAAGCCUGUUAGACGAUACAUCCCAAAACAUCGCAUACAAUACAAAGUGUGGUGGUUCGUAACAUCGCAGCCGUUCGAGUACUCUAUCUUCGUUCUCAUCAUGAUUAAUACCAUAACUCUCGCCAUGAAGUAUCACAACCAACCUGAAGCGUACAGCGAGGUGCUUGACGCGCUGAACAUGAUAUUCACUGCCAUAUUUGCUUUAGAAUUUAUUUUCAAACUGGCUGCCUUUAGAUUUAAGAACUACUUCGGCGAUGCGUGGAACACGUUCGACUUCAUCAUAGUGCUGGGCAGCAUCAUCGACAUCGUCGUCUCACAAAUUAAAACAAAACAAUCUGUAUUAUUGUCCACAGGCGGUAGAUCUGUAAUCAUGUAUUACCCUCAGCAGGAAAGCUCGCUGCCAUCAAUUAACUUCUUCCGCCUUUUCCGAGUGAUGAGAUUAGUCAAGCUACUCUCCAAAGGUGAAGGCAUCAGGACACUGCUUUGGACUUUCAUCAAGUCCUUCCAGGCGCUGCCCUAUGUCGCCAUGCUGAUUCUUAUGCUGUUCUUCAUUUAUGCCAUUGUUGGGAUGCAGACUUUUGGUAAAAUAGCAAUUGACGAUAGCACGGCUAUCAGCAGAAACAACCAUUUCCAAACAUUUCCGCAAGCCAUUUUGGUGUUGUUCCGGUCUGCUACUGGAGAAGCGUGGCAAGAUAUUAUGAUGGCCGUGUCGCCAAGCAAAGACGUGAAGUGUGAUAGAUUCUACCUCCCCGAGUCUCCUGAGGAGGCCAACGCAGAGACCUGCGGCAGUGUCCUGGCGUUUCCUUAUUUCAUAUCUUUUUAUGUACUUUGUUCGUUUUUGAUCAUCAAUUUAUUCGUCGCUGUCAUCAUGGAUAAUUUCGACUAUUUAACUAGAGACUGGUCAAUUUUGGGACCACAUCACUUAGAUGAAUUUAUAAGAUUAUGGAGUGAAUACGAUCCUGACGCAAAAGGAAGAAUAAAACAUUUAGAUGUAGUUACGUUGUUAAGAAAAAUUAGUCCACCAUUGGGCUUCGGUAAGUUAUGUCCGCAUCGAGUGGCAUGCAAGAGACUUGUGUCAAUGAACAUGCCACUUAAUUCUGAUGGAACUGUGCUGUUCAAUGCGACGCUCUUCGCCGUUGUCCGGACGUCCCUCAAGAUCAAAACUGAAGGUAAUAUCGAUGACUGUAACACAGAGCUAAGGGCAGUCAUCAAAAAGAUCUGGAAGCGAACAUCUCCCAAACUACUUGACCAGGUGGUACCACCUCCUGGAGAUCCUAAUGAGAUCACCGUUGGCAAGUUCUACGCCACUUUCCUGAUACAGGAUUAUUUUAGGAGGUUCAAAAAGAGAAAGGAACAAGAAAUGAGGCAAAAUGAGGAACAAAAUCAUCAAAUGACACUGCAGGCAGGACUGAGGACACUACAUGAAGCUGGGCCUGAACUAAAAAGAGCUAUAUCUGGAAAUCUAGAUGAUAUUACAACGGAAUGUGACGUGCCCAUGCACAGAAGAAAUCAUUCGCUGUUCGGUGGUGUAUGGUCUAGUAUAAGAAGACACGGUCCAAACAGAAACUUCAGAAGGAAAGAGGGGCCUGGAGAGGCUGUAGGAAACCACCUCAGUUCAAUGAUGCAAAAAGAAUAUGGAGUCAAUCCUUUGCCACUCACACCGAACCUAGCCAAUGGACAGCCAAAGGAACAAAUACCGCUGAGGCCUUUGAUAUUCAACGGAGAAUCUGAAAAGAUUUACCAAGUUUUAGAAAGAACCACAAAUGAUCUUAAGAACGCUAUGUACCAAGGUGGCGAUAGUUUCGGCCGGGACGUGGUAUCAUUGCCUGGAAGCCCUCGCGCUAACAGCACAUCAACUCCUGUCGUCGUAGGAUCAGCUGAAAGUCUCGUUACUAGGGUACUAACCGAGCAAGGUUUAGGAGAGUACUGUGAUCCAGAAUUCGUCAGAAACACAUCGCGAGAGAUGCAAGAAGCACUAGACAUGACGCAAGAGCAGAUGGAUAGAGCGGCGCACCAGCUGAUGAUCCAAGAGAGAAACAUAAAACAAGUGCAGAACCAACAGCCUCAAGUUGGCGACAUCUUAGCCCGCCAGUACCAUCCUUUUCACCAACCCGCGACGAUGCCCCCGCCGCCUUACAAGCGGUUAUAGCACCAGCCUCUGCGCACGCGCCUAGCGCAUACACCGCGCAAGAUGGCGGCGACAGCUCCGCUGCAAAUGGCGCCCAACACGGCGCGAAGCGACACACGCGCCACAGAAGAAAAAGAAAACGGAAACCCAUAUUGGUUUAGAAUAAAAUUAGGAAAGGUUUCUCAUUUCAUACCCUGAUAAGUUAAGAGACUAAACAGUAAAUGCUCAAAACACCUUUUGUAUAAAAAAAAUACUUCAACUUUUUGUUUUAGUUAAAAGU